GGUGCUCUCUCUCUGCCCCACCACUCGACUGACGUGCUGAACAAGGAUGUCCGACAGCUGAUCCGUUCAGUCACUCCAUGGACUAGGCAGGGAAGUACCAAAGUUAUCCAAUAAACAUACAAAUGCGAUGCAAUUAACGAAGGACUCGGCGGAAAAGUAGGAGUUUACAGUUAUAUCCUAGGGGAAAAGCGCAGGAUUCUGAAUGAUAUGAGUUUGAUGGUAAGGGAUCAUUUGGAGCUCCAUGCACAAAUCCCCAAUUCUCUGCAGAAUUUGGUUUCUACGUUGUGAUACGCACUGUGUUCUGGUUCAGAGAGAGGAUAGCCUACUCAUGCUUUCUGCAUGAAAACACCUGAAUAAGGUUCCAAUGGAGCACAGGAAGCAGAAGUUAAUGAGUUCCUUCGUGGCUGUGUUCGAGAUACGCAGAACUCGUCCAAUACUUGUUCUACUAGUGCUGAUGUUGGUAGGGUUGGAAGGGGUCGGCGGACUCCGGACGUGUAGGAGGAAAACGGAAGCUGGUGGACUGUCUGUGGAGUCUCUGAGCUCUUUGAAGCAUCAUCCCGUGACGGGAGCGGCACUGAGCCGCUCCAGACGCUACGCCAUCAACCCACUGGGCCACAAGUGGAAGCAUUUCAACCUCACCUACAAGAUCGUGAAGUUUCCCAACACGCUGAACAAAGAUGACACCCGCCAGGCCAUCAGCAUUGCGUUCUCCAAGUGGAGCGACGUGUCCCCUCUCUACUUCGCCGAAAUCAAAAACCCCAACAAGAGUGCUGACAUUAUCAUCGGCUUCUACACGUGGAACCACACAGACUGCUGGUGGUCUCCAUUGCAUCCCUGUUUUGAUGGACUUAACGGGGAGUUGGCCCAUGCCUUCCUGCCCCCACGCGGGGAGAUCCACUUUGACAAUCAUGAGUUCUGGAUCCUGGGGAAGUCCCGCUUCAGCUGGAAACAAGGCGUGUGGUUAAAUGACCUGGUACAGGUGGCGGCUCAUGAGAUUGGGCACGCCCUGGGGCUGUGGCACUCCCGUGACCCCCAGGCCCUGAUGCACCCCAAUGCCACCUACACGGGCCAGAGGAACAUUGCCCAGGACGACAUCUGGGGAAUCCAGCGCCUCUAUGGAUGCACGGACAAGAAGCGCGUGUGUGAUCCAUGGGCUCGCCUUGGCUUCUGCGAAAGGAGGAAGAGCUUCAUGAAGAAACACUGUGCCCGACGAUGUGAUCUCUGCUAUGAGCCUCUUGAGGCCGUUACCACGCUAAGUCCACCGCCUGCCAACGUCAAGAUCAAGAUAGUUCCUCGUGGAAAGGUUGUGGGCUUCCGCUGUGGGACGAAGAAUCCUAGAUCGCCUCCCAAAGUCAGUUGGUACAAGGAUGGAGAGCAGCUCGUGAUCUCUAUCCCCGGCUACAUCACCAUGAAGGACCGCGACCUCCGCGUCGUCGCCAACGAGUUUAACGAGGGCACUUAUACCUGUCGCAUCAAUCGUGGCGGCAACGUGGUCUCUGCAAACUCCUGGGUCAUCCGGCUGAAGCCUGAACAGCCCUCCAACAGCUGAGCUGAAUGAAGAGAGUGAGGGAAGAAUGAGAGCUGGGAAGGAAAGAAUGAGGCAUGGCGGAAAAGAGGACGAACCCACCGCAACAAUUACAAUAUUAUAGGUGAACUCAGCAAUACAACAUCCUCAUACACAGCAUGACGACUUCCUGCUUACUAAUAUUAAAUAUGCCAAGACUGCCACAUAUUGGACCUUAUUCACGCAGGGAUUGUGAGCUUUCAAAAUACAGCUUUGUGUGAUAAAAAAAACGGAUAAACUUAAGGUUAACCUUGGAAUCAACAGAUAAUUGACCAAUGGAAACAACCCUCUAUUCUAGAGCCAAUAGUGUCAGUCUUAGCACAUCAAAAUUCUGUUGUUGAUGUCUGUAAACAGGAAGUUGCCCCGGUUUGAAGGAUAUCGUCAUAUGGCUGAGUCUAACUUUAAGCAGGCUGUACUCUGACAGUACUCUCUUGAAUCCAGGUCAUAAGUGGAAUAGAUCCCAGAACUCAACCUUGUCCUUAAUGAUGAAUGAAGUUUCAGACUUUAAAGAUCCAGUCAGAAAAGACUAGCUUUGCUCACCCUUUAAACAUGACUGUUAUUUUUAUGCAGUUGUUGUGUUGAUACAUCUCACUUUGUUAAAAUGUCUAGGGCAGAGUUGAUAUUUCUAUGUCCUGUGUCAAUUAACAGUAUAGUAAUUUGUUUUGAGAUAAAGGGUGUAAAUAUGAUGCAGCUAUCACUGUGUACAGUGCUUCUGGAAAGUAUUCUCUCCACUGUUUUCUAUUACUUGCCUUGCAUUUAGAGGGGGGGAAAAAACAAUACAUUGGGAUUUAUUCACAACAACCUUUCAAAAAAGGUAUUUAUUCGUACCCCAGAGUCAAUACUUGGUGGAAGCACCUUUUAGCAGCAGUUUUACCCACUUUUUGAAAAAGACUCCGCCAACUUUGCUGUCACAGUAGUCAGAUUUUGAUGCAGAUUUAAGUCAGAACUGAUACUAGGCUAGGGCACUCGAGCCCCGUUUUAUACCUGGUUCUAACAUGCAUCCUGAUCUUGUCCACUUUCUGAUUGUGCCCUCAUUUUCAGACGUGUUUAUACGGUCUUAUCCGUCCACCUUGUCUGCAUUGUGACCAGUUUUCUUGCCCCCCCCCCUGUAUGC